AUGAGAGUCCUUCAUUUUGGGUCGGUAAUCACACUGGGUGCAUUGCCCCUCCGUGGCUGGUGUUCUUCAUUGUCCGAUUAUGCACUUCAGCGAGUUCUUCAAGACGCGUCGUCAAUAUUUGGCGAAUAUGCUAAGAAUGUUUCUGAUAAGUCCGAGUGGAUGAAGAAAUAUGCAGAUGAUACUCAAAUCGUUCAUAUGAAUAUUCCUGGGACACAUGACAGCUCUACUUGGAACUACACCCAGGCUACUCAGGAGUCACUGCGAGGGAUUACCGAUUUGAACGAAAUGACUGUGCCCGUGCCAGAGACAUUUCGCUGCCAGGAGAAGCCGUUUAUAGACAUGUUAAGCAUGGGAAUCCGGGCAUUUGAUUUGCGAUAUGCAUUUGACCCAACAAAUAGCACCCUUGUGUUUUAUCAUUCCCAGGCCUUGCUGUCUGAGACCGCUACAGUGGAUGAUGUUCUCUUUGGCUUUUACAAGUGGCUCGAUGACCAUCCCUCUGAAACGCUUCUCCUUUCCUUCCAAUACGAGGGCUCGACUGCCAAAUACGCAAGCAACAAUGCCGCAGUCCAGACGCAAAUCUUCAAUACCCUCACCUCCCCGGUUGCGCAAUACUACUUCCUCCAAAGAAAAAACACGCUCGGAACCCUUGGAGAAUCCCGUGGAAAGAUUAUUCUCCUCCGCCGCUUUGAUCUUGACCAGCUACCAGCAUCGUACGAGGAAAGGUUACCUGGACUUCAUUUUUCACCCAGUCUUUGGACAGACAAUAGCCCCGAUAUUACCUUGAAGUACGACACAAACGAUAACCUGACUGCUUAUAUUGAAGAUUACUAUCAACCACUGACACCUACCGGAUCCACGGCUGCUGAGAACAUCAGAUGGAAAUAUAACGCGACCACGAGAAACAUUGUCGAGGCAACGACAAAGCAUGCAGAUAGUCUUUUUUGGACCUGGGCGUCAAGUGAGAAUACAGAAAACACUCCACCUGAUUGGCCGAAGACCAUGGCACUUGGAAAUGGAACUGCGAUCACACCUCAAGGGGGAGUGAAUGACCACCUUGUUCCAUUCUUCCGGCAGCAAAGGGGCAAGCGGGUUGGAAUUGUCAUGUUUGAUUUCUUUGACAAACCAGAGGAUCUUAUUGAUGUAUUUCUGAGUAUAUAG